AUGGCUUCCGGUUGGGCUCAACUUCCUGACGAUCUCCUGGACAAUGUGGCGCAGAGGACGGCUGGCAUCAAGGACUACGUCCGCCUCCGCGCCGUGUGCAAGUCGUGGAGAUCUUUCUUGCGCCCAAGGUCGAGGCCGCCAUGGCUGAUGCUCCCCUACGACCCAUGCAGCGAGAGCUGCGUCAGGGGCUUCUUGGACGCCUCCGACGGCACCGUGCACGAGAUUGACCUGCCGGACACGAGAGGCAAGCGGUGCUGUGGCUCGUCGCACGGCUGGCUCGUCCUCGAGCGGUGGCCCGCCGUGGGCCUGGGCCGGCCUGUGUUCCAGUGGGAGGUGCGCGUGGCUGCGCUGUGGUGGGAGCCGUUGGUGGUCGGCGGCUGGUGGCCGUUGGUUGUCCUCGUCGUGGCCGCGGAGGCGGUUGUUUUCUGCCGGCCGGGGGACGUCACCCUGGGCGCGGAGGAGGAGGCGGUGUUCUGCAGGCCGACGGACGCGUCGUGGACGCCCCUCGCGUGCCCGGCGGGAGCCUUCGCGGCCGUCGACGUGGCGUGCCAGAGCGGCUUGUUCCACCUCGUCAGCCACCACGGGCGCGUCGCGGUGUUCGACCUCGUCUCGCCGCUGCGUGAGGUGCCCACGCGCCGGGACAGGCUCCACGCCCUGGCGCACACGUGGGACGGCCGGUGCCUCGUCCAGCGCCGUGGUGGUUGUGGGCACGAGCCGCUGCUGUUGGCAACGUGGAGCGGCGGCGGCGGCGCCGGGUAG